AUGAUAGAAAAUCCAUUUCCUCCUCCAAAUUGUGAUGGAAUUUUAUUUAAAUGUUCAAAAAUAUUUAAACAAUUUUUUCCUUCACCUUCACAAAAAUUAAUUUUACGGCAUUAUAUUCCAAUGAGUGGUGGAUUAUUUCCAACAAAUUAUAUUGCAAUAAGCAAUGCUAUUUUAUUUAAUUCUCAUCUUGGAUUGGGGUUUUAUAUGUUUUUCCGUCCACACAUGCACCGUCUUUGGAGAUGGCGUCGUGUAGAAUAUUGUGUAUUUUCUUCUGUUAUUUUUAAUUUUGGGUCAAUUCUACUUUCAAUAUUUUUAAGAGAUUUUUUACCUAAAAAGUGGUCACAAUCUGUCCGGUCCUUUUUUGGAAUUUCUCUCAGUUUUUUCUUGUUACACAGAGCUCGUCGUUAUAUUAAUUAUAUAGAUCAAAGAACAAUUUUGAGUGGAAUAAGUAAAAGAAAUAAUAAAAUGAAAAAUAAUUCUAUUGUUAGUCCAAGCCCUUCUCCAUCUGUUUAA